AAAAGUGUGGAUAUAGUCCCCAUUAUAUUUAGGGGCGAAGAAGUAAAAAUAUUUUAGCCGUUAUCACUUUACCGGUAUUUUUAUCAUCUUCUUUAAGUUUCUUUCUUUACAACCGAAAACUCUCUCUUCCCCGUUUCAUUUCAUUGAUGAACACCCCCCACAAUCUGCAAGUGAAAAUGGAAACGAGAACCGCUCGCGCCCAACUUACAGGGAAGGGUCGCCCGCAUCUUCUUCUUCUCUCACACCCUUCUUUAAUUCUCUCUGGGGAUACAUUUGAAGGGCAUGUUUCUGGCCUGAUCCCACAAUGCCAGCCUAAAACCCACGACCCCGAGAUCAAAUUUCUUGAUUUUGAUGAACACAGCCCCGUGGGGUGUGUCAAGAGGUGCGGCGGUUUCUGGGAAAUGUAUGAUCAGAAGGCUGAUGAUUCUGAGAUAGAUUCUUUGGGAUUCUGUGAGAAGGGUCAGAUCAAGAAUCCGUUUGCAGGGUAUGUGUUCGAUGAAAUGCGCAGGAGACUGUACCCUUCAAACACGAUCGUAGAGGGAGGAGGAAAGCUCUGCCGAGAAUGUGCCAAGAAUCAGGAACAUGAUGGGUUCUUGAAUUGUAAAAAGGAAGAGCUGCCAAUGGUUAAAGAUCUGAAGCUCUGUUCCUACUGCAAGCAGAAAUGGCAGAAUGGUCACAAGUGCAAGGGAACUCUGAAUGCUGUAUCUGGGAUUGAAGAAACUGAACAAGUGUCUGAAGUGGAGGCUCCGGUGGCUAUGGGCCAUAACACCAUAAGAUUAGUGGGGAAUGUUAGCGACAAAUCAAUGGUUAUUCUGAUAGACAGUGGGAGCACACACAGUUUCUUGGACCCCGAAAUUGUGAAGGAUCUGAAUCUGAAUUUCGUAGAGACUGAGCCACUCAAUGUGAUUGUGGCUAAUGGAACUGAACUGAGCUGUAACUUUGCCUGCCCCAAGUUCAAAUGGACUGUUGAAGGAGAACCCUUUGAGAUGGACAUGAGGCUACUGAGGAUGGGUGGUUGUGACAUGGUUCUUGGAAUGGAUUGGGUUGCCAAAUUUGCCCCUGUCGAGCUGACCACCAGACCCCUCAGUGUAGCGUUCGUGAAGGGGGGCAGAAGGGUCCAACUCCAUGGGAUUCCACCAAGACUCCAUGCCCUAACCCACAUCAUAACCAGCCCCGCACCGUCGCCGCCGCCGCUCCACUCACAGUACUUCAUCGCCGCCCAAGUCCCCUGCUACCUCAACUGGCACUACCCGCCACUCCUCUGCCCCAAGCCCCUCAUCCACCCCAAGUGGGCCCUCUCCUUCUUCCUCAGGAACCUCUCCGCCGGCUCCGAGCGCCCGGAGAACUCGUGGAGGUCAAAGUGCCCGUACAGCGUCCCGCCGCCGGUGGUGCUCGCCGGAGGAGUGGAGGCGGCGGCGUGGGGGGAUGAGGAGAGGAUGACGGAGCAGGGGAGGAGAAGGGUUAGGAGGAAAGGCCUUACACACUUUAGACAAUUAGACUUCUCUUCAACCAUGUGGAUGAAGACUAAGGGGCUGUUUGGCAACUUCUGAAUCGGUAAGUGCUGAACUAGUAAGAGGUCUGAACCAUUAAGUGCUGAACCAGUAAGAGGUCUGAACCAUUAAGAGCUAGUAUAUUGCUUAACUAUUCAGAGGCAAAUGUCUGAUCAAUUCAGAUAAGAGGUCUUAACCAUUCAGACUCUGUAUAAUACUUAACCAUUCAGAGGCAAAUCUCUUAACCAUUCAGACAUCUGAACCAUUAAGAGGCUGAAACAAACAGUCUGAACCAUU